AGAAAGUUCUACAAAAGAAAAACAGAGAAGGAAGAAGAAGGAUGGAAGAUCAGGUGGCAAAGGAAGCUGUGAAGUCUAGAGUGGUGAAGGUGGAGUCACAAGAAUCAUGGGGUUUGCUCGUUAGCCAAGCUAACUCCCAGCGCUGCCCUAUGGUGGUACAUUUCACUGCAGCCUGGUGCAUGCCGUCGGUGGUCAUGAAGCCACUAUUGGAAGAGCUGGCGUUGGUCCAUCAGAAUAUAUUGUUUCUCUCUGUAGAUGUGGAUGAAGUCAAGAAGGUGGCAUCGAAGAUGGAGAUAAAGGCUAUGCCCACCCUGUUGCUAUUGAGGGAAGGAGCCCAAGUAGAUAAGGUUGUUGGGGCCAACCCUGAGGAGAUUAAGAAAAGGAUUGAUAACUUUGUCCACUCAUUCCGUGCCUUAAUAAACUGAGAUGAAGUUUUCAAAACAUUGAUGGUGUGGGAUAUGUAUGUAGAUGUGAUUAUGCUGAUGAUUUAAUUUUGUGAGAGGAUGUCAGUUUGAUGUGUGGAUAUGUUAAUAAAUUUUGUUUAUUUGUUUCUUGUACUCUUGUUCUCAUGUAAAAUAUUACAUGUAAACAUUUCACUUUAAAAAAAAUUUCCAUUGUUUCUUUGUA